AUGCCGUCUGCGGCAGAACACGCCGCCGACGCCGACCGCACCGACAAAGUGCCCGUGCUGCUGCUCAAGACGAAAUCAGCCCCGACCGACGCCUACGAAGAAACACUACGCUCCGCCAGCUUCCCCCGCGGGGAAUUCGAUCCGCGCUUCGUGCCCGUGCUGCGGCAUGUUUUCGACGCGGCCGGGACCCAGCGGCUCAAGUCCCUCCUGGAGGCGAGGCAGAUUGACAGCCGAGCAGGCAGCCGGUACGGAGGCAUCGUCUUCACGUCCCAGCGGGCAGUCGAGGCGUUCUCCCAGGCACUCUCGGACAGCAAAGGCGGCGAGGGCUGGCCGAGCCUCCCAGGCGUGCCCAUCUACAGCGUCGGGCCGGCGACGACCCGCGCCCUGAGGGCCAUCCGCGCCGCGCCGCCGCUCGACAUCUCCGGCCACCACACGGGCAACGGCGACGCCCUGGCCGCCUACAUCCUCCGCCAUUACGCGCAGCGCUACCGCGACCGCGACGCCAGGCCGGCGCUCCUCUUCCCCGUGGGCGAGCAGCGCCGCGACGUCAUCCCCCGGGCCUUGGCGGACGCGCGCCUGCCCCCCGCGGACAGGAUCCCCGUCGACGAGCUCGUCGUCUACAGGACCGGCGUCAUGGACUCCUUCCCCGCCGACUACGGCGCCGUGCUCCGCAGCACCAGCCACCUGCCGCAGCGCUGGGUCGUCGUCUUUUCGCCAGCCGGGUGCGACAGCGUGCUCCGCGGGCUCGGCCUGCUGGACCCUCAGACGGGCAGGGCCAGCCUGGGCCGAAGGGACGGCAAGACCUUCCUCGCGACCAUCGGCCCGACGACCAGGGCGCACCUGCUUGAGCAGUUUGGCCUCGAGCCCGACGUGUGCGCCGAGACCCCCAGUCCUGACGGUGUCCUUUGCGGCAUAAUGGAGUACCGGUCAAGAGCAGCUCCCAGGUAG